AUGGACCUAAAACCCGCUCCUUUACCGCCUCUUCAGGCACAGGCACGCCAGGCACCUCGUCAAUAUGUCCGUUGGGGAUUGCCUCUGGCUGCUGUCAUAUUGACCUUCCUGGCCUGGCCGGCCACAUUACCGUCACGAACGUUGGUUGAGCCUGUGGAUAUCCCAGUCCCCUGGGAUGAAAUUACUCCUUCGCGGUCUUUGGAGUACCACUACUGUGGAGAUGAUUUCCAAUGCGCGAGACUAGAGGUACCAAUGGACUAUGAACGGGGAGAUGGACAAGGUCGCACGUUUGAAUUGGCUAUUGUCCGGCUACCAGCCAAAGUUCCAGUCACGGAUCCUCGGUAUGGCGGGGCGGUUCUGAUCAAUCCCGGUGGACCUGGUGGACCAGGAACAAUGCAAGCAUUUGAGGCGGGUCCGAAUCUCCAGUUGAUCAUCGAUGCGGAGGCCGAUCCAAGUGAGAUCGGCGAUGAACCUACUAAUAGAUAUUUCGAUAUUAUUGGGUUUGACCCUCGUGGGGUGGGAUCCACAACGCCUCCGGUGAUGUGUUUCCCUGAUCCAGUGUCUCAGAGGAACUGGGAAUUGCAAGUCUCCGCAGAAGGCAUGCUGGGAAGUGGAUUGGAUUCGUUGCAGAAAAACUGGCAGCGGACUGAGGCCCUGAACUCGGGUUGCUCGGUAUACGAUAUGUCGAGCUUGGGAACAGAGGAGCCAAUGAUGUCCUAUAUUAAUACACCGCUGGUCGCACGGGACAUGCUGACUAUCAUCGAACGCCAUGGGGAAUGGCGCGAAAAGGAAGGCCAGAAAGCCCAGGCAGCUCACAUGAGAUACCACCGGCCGGAGACAAAUGCGAUUUUGGAACGCACUAAAUGGCGCCGCGGAGAAGAGCCACUCCUCUAUUGGGGCCGCUCAUACGGCACCGUAUUGGGCACUACAUUUGCCUCGCUCUUCCCAGAGCGAGUCACACGGGCUGUCCUCGAUGGGGUGGUUGACAUGGUCAAAUACUACCAAGGGACGGGCCCAAAUGUCAUUGCUGAUGCGGAUGCUAUCUUUGAGCGGUUUGGUCAGUACUGCAAUGAGGCUGGACUUGUGGGAUGUCCCUUUUAUCUGGAAGGUGGUGCAGAUGCUAUCAAGGAAGCGUACUGGGAACUUGAGCAACAGAUCCUCAACACAUCGAUCCCUGUGAUGGCAUCUGGGGCACGCGGACCAGAGGUUGUUACCUGGACAGACAUCAAAGCCAUUCAGCGUGUUGCUAUCUACCAGCCCCUCCUUGCAUUCCCCAUCCUAGCAGAUCGAAUGAGCGAAUUGGCCAAAGGAAAUGCUAUUCCUAUGGCCGAUUUUAAGCAUGCAAGCCACUUCGGUGCAUGUCCAUCUAACAAAUGCAGUCUGGCUGGGCCUUGGUCACCGGAAUGUGCCACUACCCAGGACAACAUGCUCUAUGCUAUGGCUGCUAUUAUGUGCUCGGAUGCAGAAUACAUGACAAACCUGAAUAUCGCAGAGUUCCAAAUAGAAUGGGACAGUUUGAAGGCGGAUAGUGCAGCGCUAGGUGACUACUGGGCGCAGAUGCAAUUGAGCUGCGUUGGAUGGAAAGCCAAGGCCAAAUACCAGUUCACAGGGCCCUGGGGCGCUGUUACUGCUCAUCCCAUGCUGUUUGUGUCAAAUACCUUAGACCCAGUGACUCCUCUUCAUAGUGCCCAACACAUGUCUCAGAUAUUCCCAGGAUCUGGAUUGCUCCAGCAAGAAUCAGAAGGGCACACAACACUCGCAGCCCCAUCGAUCUGCGUGGCCAAAGCUAUUCGCCAUUACUUCCAAACGGGCACCUUACCUAUGGUGGGAACGAUUUGCGAGGCUGACCUCAAGCCAUUAGUUGGCUCUCCGCACCAUGCGACUGCCAGUCGAAGUUUCAGUCCAUCCGACCGUAGACUCUUCGACGCACUGAUGGCAGAGGUACAGCGGGCGCCUCUGUUUCCGAUCUGA